AACGUACAAACAAACAAAAUACGCUCCCGAGCUCUGCACGCCACGCCCCUCGCUCGCCACGACACCUCUUCUCUUUUAUCUUCUUGCCUUUCCUUUCCCUCUUGUUUCCUAGUUUUGGGCGUCUGUCUCUCUCUCGCUCUGUAGAUAAAAGGGUGGACCUGGUAGAGAUGGUGAGAAUAAUCCCAAUGGCGUCAUCGAUUAAACCCUCGCUUUCGUCUUUGGGGUUCGCCGGAACCGCUCGCCUCGGCGUUUCUUUAUCCUCUGCCAAUCUUUGUCGCAGGCUCUCUCUAUUUCAUUCUGCGACUGCCGUGCCGCAGUUGCAGUCUUUUGGGCUCAGAGCUUCUAAAUUAUCGGGAAGAAAGAGUUGCUGCAUAUCAGUUAGUGCUGCAGGAAGGGAAGCACAUGCUAGCACUGCAACUACUCAGGAAAAUGCAUUGGAGUGGGUUAAGAAAGACAAGAGGAGGAUGCUUCAUGUUGUUUAUCGUGUUGGAGACUUGGACAGGACAAUAAAAUUUUACACAGAGUGUCUGGGGAUGAAACUGCUUAGGAAGCGUGAUAUUCCUGAGGAAAGAUAUACAAAUGCCUUUCUGGGAUACGGUCCUGAAGAUUCUCACUUUGUUAUUGAACUUACCUACAAUUAUGGGGUUGACAAAUAUGAUAUUGGAUCCGGUUUUGGUCAUUUCGGAAUUGCAGUGGAUGAUGUCACAAAGGUUGUAGAUCUGAUUAAGGCUAAAGGUGGUAAAGUUACUAGAGAACCCGGACCUGUCAAAGGUGGCAAAACUGUGAUUGCCUUCAUUGAAGAUCCGGAUGGUUAUAAGUUUGAACUUCUUGAGAGAGGCCCUACUCCUGAGCCAUUAUGCCAAGUGAUGCUUCGAGUAGGAGAUCUUGAUCGCUCUAUUGAAUUCUAUAAGAAGGCAUAUGGAAUGGAGCUUCUUCGGAAGCGAGACAAUCCAGAUUAUAAGUACACCAUAGCAAUGAUGGGUUAUGGUCCUGAAGAUCAAAAUGCUGUAAUGGAGUUAACAUACAACUAUGGUGUUACAGAAUACGACAAGGGAAAUGCUUAUGCUCAGAUUGCAAUCGGGACGGAUGAUGUUUAUAGAACUGCUGAAGCUAUUAAGCUAUCUGGUGGGAAGAUCACGAGAGAGCCUGGUCCCCUUCCUGGUAUUAGCACCAAGAUCACUGCAUGCCUAGAUCCCGAUGGUUGGAAGACGGUUUUUGUCGAUAAUGUUGAUUUUCUGAAGGAACUGGAGUAGGAUAAUUGUACAAAUCAUAGUGCCAUAGAAAAUGCUUGAAUAUGGAGAUUCAAAAGCACCGAGCACCGAAAAAUUGUGUCCAAACAGUAGAAGCUUAGAAGAACAUAAUUCGGAUCAGUUCUCCAAUGUCGUGUGAUAACUUACAACUAAUGACUAUGGCAAAAACCUUGUACCAAGGCGAGGGAUCUUACAACGUGAAGUCCAACAGACCAUACAUAAUCCAAGGUUACUUACAUUCUUACCUUCCUUCUAACACUGAACUAGAUAUUUGAUCCCUGCUGUUCUUCUUCAUCCACUCUUCCAACUCUAUGACACCAUCGGUUCGUCGCGAAACGAAAAAUCCAAGCUGUUUUGGGUCCGGAAGCUCGAGCGCUUCAUUCCUCUGCAUAAAUACUACUUCAAGAAUCCUUCGAAAAUGUCCUAAAAAUGUUGCUUGCUUUGAUGUCGUGUGGAUCACCCUUAGCCUCGAAUGUUUGUGAAGAUACACCAGUCCUUGAGCGAUUCCUUCGAUGAUGUUCAUCCAGCUCGUCCAUUUCAGCAGCUCCCUCUUCGUUGGAUCUGUACCGAUCGAACCUUUUCUUCAUUCGACGUACGUAUUUACUAAGAGAUAGAUUCUUCGAUAAACAGGCGAAAUUUCAAACAUUGUAACUUGCCAAAAAGGAAAAAAUCUAAACUUUUGUUGACCAUGUAUUCA